AUGGCCCGGCCCUCCCGUUUCGGGCCGAACUGGCCCCGGCCCGGCCUCCCCGGGGACCUGAGUGGGCCGACUGGCCCUCCCCGCCCGCCCCGGGGACCUCGGCGGGCCCAGUUGGCCCGCCCGCCCGGGGACCCGGCCCGGGCCUCGGCUGGGCCCAGUGGCCCGCCCGCCCCACCCGGGAACCUCAGCGGGCCGACUGGCCCCGCCCUCCGCCCCGCCCGGAGGACCUCGGCGGGCCCAGUGGCCCGCUCAGCCCGGGGUGACCUCGGCGGGCCCAGUGGCCCGCCCACAGGCCCCGGGGACCUCGGCGGGUGCCUGUCCCGGCCCCGCCCGCCCGGGGUGGACCUCGGCGGGCCGACUGGCCCCGCCCGCCCCUCCCGGGGACCCUCGGCGGCCGACUUAGGCCCCCCGCCCCGGUACCGGGACCUCGGCGGGCCGACUGGCCCGCCCGCCCGACCCGUGACCUCGGCGGGCCCAGUGGCCCCUCCCGCCCCGGGGACUCUCGGCAGGCCCAGUGGCCCGCCCGCCCCGGGGAACCUCGGGCGGGCCGAAUGGCCCGGGCCCGCCGCCCCGGGGCCGGGGACCUCGGCGGGCCGACUUGGCCCGCCCGCCCCGGGUGACCUCGCCGGGUCCGACUGGGCCCCGCCCCGACCCGCCCCGUGGAGCCUACGGCGGGCCCCAGUUGGCCCCCCGCCCCCCCACCCGGGGACCUCGGCGGGCCCAGUGGGCCCCGCCCUGCCCCACCCCGGGGACCCUCGGCGGGCCCCAGUGGCCCGCCCGCCCCGGGGACCGGGUACCUCGGCGGGCCGACCUAACCCGCCCGCCCCGGGGACCUCUCGGCGGGCCGAGCUGCCCGCCCGCCCCGGGGACCUUCGGCGGUCCCGCCCAGUGGCCCGCCCUCCCCGGGAACCAUCGGCGGGCCCGACUGGCCCGCCCUCCGCCCCGAGGACCCUUCGGUCGGUGGCCCCAGUUGGCCCGCCCGCCCCGGGUGUACCUCGGCGGGCCCCAGUGGCCCGCCCCUGGCCCGCCCCGUCCCCGGGGACCUCGGCGGGCCCCAGUGGGGCCCGCCCGCCCCGGGGACCUCGGCGGGUGCCCCAGUGGCCCACCCACCGCCCCACGGGGACCUCUUGCGGGCCGAUUGAACCCCGCCCGCCCACCGGGGUGACCUCUGGCGGGCCGACUUGGCCCUCCCCCCCGGGGCCCCGGGGACCUCGGGCGGGCCCCAGUUGGCCCGCCCAGGGCCCGGGGACCUCGGCGGGUCCCAGUGGUGCCCGCCCGCCCCUGGGGUGGCCCUGGGACCUCGGGCCCCGGGCCCAGUGGCCCGCCCGCCCCACCCGGGGACCUCGUCGGGUGCCCAGUGGCCCGCCCGGCCCCGGGGACCAUCCUGCGGGUCCCGAACUGACCCGCCCGCCCCGGGGCCUCCGGGUAUCUCGGCGGGCCGACCUGGCCCGCCCACGCCCCGGGGACCUCCGGCGGGCCCCAGUGGCCCCCCGCCCCUGUCCCGGGGACCCUCGGCGGGCCCCAGUUUUGCCCCCCGCCCCCCCGGGACAUCGGUCUGGCCCAGUGGCCCCCGCCAGCCCCGCGGACCUCGGCGGGCCCCAGUGGCCCCCCGCCCCGGGGCCCCGGGACCUCAGGCGGGCCCAGUGGCCCCCCCUCCCCAGGGGCCCCGGGGCCCUCGGUCGGGCCCAGUGGCUCGCCCUCCCUCGCCCCGGGGGACCUUGGGGCGGGCCCCCAGUGGCCCCCCCCGCCCCGGUCCCCGGGGACCUCGGCGGGCCUCGACUGGUACCCCAACCCCCCCGCCCGCCCGUUGUGACCUCGGCGGGCCGACUGCCCGCCCGCGGAGCGGGGACCUCGGCGGGCCGACUGGCCCGCCCGCCCCACGGGGACCUCGGCGGGCCCCCAGUGUGGCCCGCCUGCCCCGGGGACCUCGGUCGGGCCCAGGAGGCCCGCCGAGGUCCCCGGGGCGGGCGGGCCAGGAGGCACGCCGAGUUCCCCGGGGCGGGCGGCCAGGAGGACACGCCGAGGUCCCGGGGCGGGGCAGGCGGGCCAGGAGGCACGCCGAGGUCCCCGGGGACCUCGGCAGGCCUCCUGGCCCGCCCGCACCCGGGGAACUUGGCGUGCCUCUUGGCCCAUCCGCCUAUGGGGACCUCGGCGGCGCCUCCGGCUUGCCCGCGCCCCGUGCACCUCAGCGGGCCUCCUGGCCCGCGCAGCCCCGGGACCUCUGCGAGCCUCCUGGCCCGCCCGCCCCGGGGACCUCGGCGAGCCUCCUGGCCCGCCCGCCCCGGGGAUCUCGGCGGUCCUCCGGGCCCGCCCGCCCCUGGGUCCUCUGCGAGCCUCCUGGCCCGCCCGCCCCGGGGACCUCGGCGAGCCUCCUGGCCCGCCCGCCCCGGGGAUCUCGGCGGUCCUCCUGGCUCGCCCGCCCCUAGGCGGUUCGGCGGGCUUUGCCCGCCGUCCCUGCAUAUACUUACCCUUUGCUUAGUCCUAGAACCCUGGGCACCUGCUCCGGCACUUUCCAAUUGUCCUUCGUCAGGCAUCUGUAAUUCCCCUUCAGGUUCUUCCGCUUGCAAAUCAAUUUCUCCUUCGCUCAUCUCGUCUGUCGGGCCUCAUCUCCCCGCUGCUCCUUCAGUUCGGCCUGGACACCAGUCUUCCUCUCCACCGGAUUGA